GUCGGAUUUUGGAUUCAUUAUGGGAAAAGGCGUCCCAUCUGAUUACGAUCAAUCCUCAUUCAUAGGCAGAUAUCCCUUACACAGAGCGAUUGAUUAUGACGACAUGUCCGACAGUUACAACUUGAAGCAUCCCGAAGAGGAAGACGAGACGAGAAGAAAUCCGGAUCAACAUAUAUCGGACUGCAACAAGAUGUGCCUGCACGGAGAACUGUUGUGUCACAAUAUGUGUGUGUGCAUCAAAGAAGAACUCAGGUGCAACACUAAAAAUGAUUGUGGCGAUAAUGAAGACGAAAUCGAAUGCGACACGGACGACUACAACGAAGUGAAAUGUGACGAAACGAUAAACCACAUCAAAUGUCCGAAAACCAAUAGAUGCAUUUCAAAAGAAUGGCUUUGUGAUGGAGACGACGAUUGUGGAGACUAUUCAGAUGAAACUCACUGCGGUUCCAUGAUGAACUGCACAGUAGAUCAAUUCCAAUGCGAGAACGGAUUGUGCAUACCAAAACUAUGGAUUUGCGACAACGACAACGAUUGCAAAGACUUCUCCGAUGAAGUGAAUUGCACUAAUAUAGGAUGUGAUGAAAAUGAAUUUGAAUGUAUGGAUACCACAUGCAUCUCUAUCAAUUGGAAAUGUGACAGACACAUUGACUGCACGGAUGGCUCUGACGAAAGUGAUUGUGAUAUUACUCCUCCCGAUUGCAACGAAGACGAGUUUCAAUGUAUUACUCAUAAGUGUAUAAAAAAACAGUUUAAAUGUGAUUUUGAUGAUGAUUGUGGAGAUUGGAGUGAUGAAAAUGACUGCCCGAAAAUACCUGGAACAUGUUCUACCGGAGAAUUUAA